AUGAUUUCCUCAAUCGUCAUCCCCAUCUCUGCUGCUCUUGUUUCCACCGCUAUCAUCUUCAUCGGGCGGAUCCUCUUUCGCAACUGGACUUCGCCCCUCUGGUUCGUUGAUGGCCCUUCUGCCUCGAAUCCUAUCUUCGGUCACUUCAGGAUGGUUUCGGAUAUUCCCGGAAUCACGAAUAAGUGGCGAGAACAGUACGGUGCAACGUUCAUGGCGAAAGGACUCUUCCUUGAGAAUGAGCUUCACACCAAAGACCUCAAGGCGAUAUCGCAUAUCCUCUCUCACGGGACCCGUUAUCCGAAGACGUAUGCGAUGACUGCUACCCUCCGACGGACCUUGGGAAAGGGUAUUCUUUCGGUUGAGAUGGAUCCCCAUCGGCGCCAGCGCAAGAUCCUGAACCCCGCUUUUGGUCCCCAGCAGAUCCGGAUGAUGAACGAAGUCUUCGUCGAGAAAGGGAACAUGCUGCGGGACAUGCUGAUGGAAGAAAUUGAGAAGGCAGGUGGGACAUUCAACGUGAACCUGUCCAGUUGGUUCCGCCAAGUCACGUUAGAUAUCAUCGGUGAAACUGGAUUCAAUUAUCAAUUCAACUCCCUCAAGUCGCAUGGCAAGGACGAAGGGGAAUUGAGCACCGUCUUUGGGCUCAUGUUUCACAACCCCAAAGCGAAUCUCAACCGCGCGGUCCAGUUCGCCCAGGUGGCUAUUCCGUUCUUGCAGUCCCUGCCGCUCCCGGGUUGGCGAGUGACUCGUUUCAUCCAGAAGAGAAUGCGGGCUAUCGGGAAACAGUUGGUGGAGAAAUCGAAGGCAGAGGCUGCUGCCCUUGGGGAAAAAGACUUGGGCUCAGGUCGUGACAUUUUGUCGCUUCUUUUGAGGGCCAACAUGUCCAGCGAUAUUCCUGAGGCGCAGCGGAUGACCGAGGAAGAAGUGAUUGCUCAGAUCCCGACUUUCGUUCUGGCUGGACACGAGACUACCAGCACUGCCCUUGCCUGGGUUGUACACGUCUUGUCGCGGCAUCAGUCUGUUCAGGACGAGCUUCGCCAGGAGCUACUAACAGUUCCCACGGAGACUCCGACGAUGGACGAGCUCAGCGCUCUGCCGCUGCUCGAGAAGGUGAUCAGAGAGACCAUGCGCUUGCACGCUCCGGCCGUCCACACGAACCGUGUUGCAGUCCAGGAUGACGUGUUACCGCUGAACAAACCGUAUGUUGAUCAGUACGGUGUUUCGCACGAAACUCUCCCGAUCCGCAAGGGACAAGUCUUCACGAUCCCCAUCCUGGCCAUCAACACUGACAAAGAAAUUUGGGGAGACGAUGCACUCGAGUUCAAAGUCGAGCGCUGGGAUAACCUCCCAGAAGCUGUCCACGGGAUCCCCACAGUUUGGGCCAAUCAGCUCACCUUCCUGGCCGGCCCACACAGCUGCAUGGGCUUCCGUUUCACUGUCGUCGAACAAAAGGCGAUCUUGUUCAGCCUCUUGCGGCACUUUGUCUUUUUGCCCGGUUCGGACAACGUUGAGCCUGCUAUCAGCGGGCUCUUUCAGCGCCCGAUCUCGUUUGUUGCCUCCGGUCAAGUUUCUGGCAAAGUCGGCGCUGAUGCCGAGAAGUCUGGGUUGAUUUCCUUGGGUGGUCUGCAGGUGGUUUUGAAGCCGUACAAGGGUCAAGGCGCCCUGUAAAGUGCAGAUCAACUUGGCAUGGUUUGC